AUGUUUAGAAAACAUGUGAAACUGUCUAUUCUUGCAAAAAUCAAUCCCUUUAAUAAUUGAUAUCCUUCAUCAGCUCAGCCUCACCCACACAGAAAUCUAAAACGAUUUUCUUAAAAAAUCCAGUGAUGAAAAUGAUGAUGAUGAUCAUACUUCUCUUAUGCUCAAUAAUACUCAUAACCAUUCUCUUCUUCAAAAAACAGUCGAGAGGGAAGAAGAGCAACGCACCUCCAUCACCACCGAGACUUCCUCUGAUAAGAAACCUUCAUCAGCUCGGGCGCCACCCUCACCGAUCAUUAUGCUCCCUCAGCCACCGUUACGGUCCUCUGAUGCUCCUCCACUUUGGCAGUGUCCCUGUUCUUGUAGUCUCCUCCGCAGAUGCGGCUAAAGACGUUUUGAAGACGCAUGACCGCGUUUUUGCUAGCCGUCCACGGUCAAAAAUCUUUGAUAAGAUUUUUUACAACGGGCGAGAUGUGGCCUUAGCUCCUUAUGGAGAGUAUUGGAGGCAAAUGAAAAGUGUGUGCGUCCUCCAUCUCUUUAGUAACAAAAUGGUACGAUCCUUUCGAGACGUUAGACAAGAAGAGAUCAGCCUGAUGAUUGAGAAGAUCCGAAUAUCGAGUUCUUUGCGGAUAAAUUUAAGCGAGAUCCUGGUGAAUCUUACAAACAAUGUAAUAUGUAGAGUUGCUUUGGGACGGAAAUACGGCGGUAAGACCGAUUUUAAAGACUUAAUGAAAAGGCUAACGAGGCUACUAGGCGAGUUUAGUGUCGGGAGUUAUGUAUCGUGGCUCGCAUGGAUUGACUGGAUCCGCGGUUUGGAUGGUCAACUUAUAAAGAUAAGCAAUGAUCUUGAUGAAUUCUUGGAGAGGGUUGUCCAAGAUCAUGUAGAUGGGGAUGGACACAAGAAUGAUUUUGUGGAUUUCUUGCUCACAAUUGAGAGAGAGAAGAGCGUUGGGUUUGAAAUCGACCGGUUAAGCAUAAAAGCAAUUAUCUUGGUAAAGGGAAGAUACGAAAACAAAUUUAAAUUCACUGAUGAGUUAGUAUAUAACCAUAGUUCUUGUUUUGGUUUUCAGGAUGUUUUUGUGGGUGAUAUGGACACAACAUACACUCUUUUGGAAUGGGCAAUGACAGAGCUACUAUGCCACCAUGAGUGUCUAGACAGACUCCAAGAAGAAGUUCGUAUGGUUUGUAAAGACAAAUCGGGUGUAUCAGAAGACGACCUUCAAGACAUGAAAUACUUAAAAGCUGUGAUUAAAGAGACACUAAGGCUACAUCCUCCACUUCCAUUGAUGGUUCCUCACGAAUCAACACAUGAUGUCAAAUUAAGAGACUAUCACAUACCUGCCGGUACACAUGUAAUGAUCAAUGCUUGGGCAAUCGGGAGAGAGGCUGCGACAUGGGGACCAGACGCGGAAGAGUUUAGACCAGAGAGACAUUUGAAUUCGUAUGUUGAUUACCGAGGUCAGGAUACGGAGCUGGUCCCGUUUGGAGCAGGGAGAAGGAUUUGCCCAGCAAUAUCAUUUGCUGUGGUAUUGGAUGAGGUGGUUUUGGCUAACUUAGUGCAUCAGUUUGAUUGGACACUACCGGAGGAAUCUACAGAAUAUCAGACUGAUGUCGCUGAAUCAACCGGUAUGGCGGUUCAUCGCAUGUUCCCACUCUUCGCCAUGACUACUUGAUUUAGACAUUACAGCAUAUAGAUAUGCUUUGUUAGAAGCGUACAAUACGCAUGUCAGUGGUAAAGAGAUCUUAAGAUUUGAGUUCUUAAGUAAACUAUAGACUAAUAGUUUGACUCAAAAAAAAGUAACCACACUAAUUAAGUAAGCCAAGCGGCAUAAUCAGUUCCCUCGCAAUUAUCAACGGAAUAUAACAGAUCGAUGUUUCCUUCUCAAUUAGGCUCUUAGUAUAAGUUCCACUGUAGACAUAAAUGAGUAAAUAUAAGAUAUAGAUAGAGACCAUGUAUGCAUGCAAAACUUAAAAAAAACAAACAGAAAUCAAUUAUAUAUUUUAAUUAGGGUGGGAUCAGAUUAAAACUUCUGGAACUUUAGGAUAUCCUUUCG